GAUCACUGGAUUUCUCAAAAUCGAUUAACCGUCCUCUGUAAACCGCGAGAUUGUCCACAGCCUCGACUGACUCCUGCCAACGACUGUAUACUCCUGGCGACACUUUCCAGUCUACUGUACGAGCUUCUGUUCUUGCUCCCAACACAAUAAAAUCAUACAAUGGCUCGCGGCGGUGCUGUCUCUUCUCGUGGACGUGGAAAGUUCAAGGUGGCUCGAGGAGGUGGCCGACACUUCUCUCGAGACCUUGAUCCUCGUUUCAACCAGGAGGAUGAGGCUUCCGAAUCAUCAUCAUCUGAAGAAGAAGAGUCUGAAGACGAGCCCGAGCCCGUCGUCAAGCUUGCUCCUGAGAUGGCUGCUCUGAAUCUCAAGCUUGGAAACACAGUCUCAGUUGAUGAGCAGAAUGGGGAGGAAGAGAUGAGCAGGGCGGAAAGGAAAGCCAUGAAAAAGGCGCAGGCUGCUCAAAAAACGAUCGUGGAGGAAUCAGAGAGCAACAGCGACGAUGAGGAGGAGAAGAAGCCCGCACCGAUGUCCAAGGCGGCGGCUAAGGGUAAGCCCAAGAAAGUGGAGCCCGUGCAGUUGUCGAGGAAAGAGAGGGAGGCUGCAGACAAGAAGGCGGCGGCGCAACGUCAUCAGCAGCUACAUGCUCAAGGCAAAACGUCUGAGGCCAAAUCUGAUCUCGCAAGGCUUCAGGAAGUUCGAGCUCGCCGUGAGGCGGCGGCCGCCCAGCGAAACGCCGAGGUUGAGGAGAAGGCCAGGGAGGCCGCUGCCAAGAAGGAGAAGAUCGACAGGAAAUAAUAUCCCGCAUAGAUUCACUUCAGCUCGAUUGAAUGCACACUGGUUUUGAUUAAA